GCUACCAUAGAUGCUGGGUCUGGCGGAAGCACCACAGACAAGUGCGUGUACCUCUGUGGGAACUCGCUGGGUCUCCAGCCCAAGCGGACCCAAACCCGCCUCAACCAGUAUCUCGCGACAUGGGCUACCCAGGGUGUGCAAGGGCACUUCAAGCCUCUGGAGGGGUCACCGCUUCCGACAUGGCUUGACGCAGAUGAGCGCGCAGCUCAGCUCAUCGCGCCCAUCGUGGGUGCCUCCGAGGCCGAGGUGGCCGUCAUGCAGACCCUGACAGCCAACCUUCAUCUUCUCAUGUCUGCCUUUUACCGGCCCGACAUCAACGGCAAACACAAAAUCAUGCUCGAGAGCAAGGCGUUUCCCAGCGAUCACUUCGCCGUAGAAACACAACUCCGCCACCACGGGCUCGAUCCCUCCACCUCCAUGAUCACCCUCACCUCUGCGUCCUCCCCAGAAGACAACAUCCUCACCACGUCCGAAAUCAUCUCCGCCAUCACCGCCCACGCCUCGUCCACCGCCCUUCUCCUCCUCCCCGGAAUCCAGUACUACACCGGCCAGCUCCUCGACAUCCCCACCAUCACCGCCCACGCCCACAAACACUCUAUCUUCGUCAUCUGGGACCUCGCCCACGCCGUCGGCAACGUGCCCCUGCACCUCCACGACUGGGACGUCGACGCCGCCGCCUGGUGCAGCUACAAGUACCUCAACGGCGGGCCGGGCUGCAUCGCCGGCAUGUUUGUCCACUCACGCAACAGCACCGUCACGCGCGCCAUCACCGACGAGAAGCCCGAAGAGGGCUACACGAACCGGCUUGCGGGUUGGUGGGGCAACGACAAGCGCACGCGCUUCGUCAUGGCCAACAAGUUCCACCCGGUCAAGGGGGCUGCGGGGUUCCAGCUGAGUAAUCCGAGUGUUAUGGACAUUACCAGCUUGAGCGCGUCGUUAGAGUUGUUUCACGAGGCUGGUGGGGUGGGCAGGUUGAGGGAAAAGUCGGUCAGGUUGACGGCGUUCUUAGAGGAAUUGCUCCUGGGUGAGGAGGGGAUCGUCGGGGAGGAGGAGAGCAGCUUGUUUAGGAUCAUCACGCCGCGCGAUCCGGAACAGCGGGGCGCGCAAUUGAGCUUGAUGCUGAAGCCUGGCUUAUUGGAGACGGUGAUGCGCGAGUUGGAAAAGAGGGCUGUGAUUGUGGACGAGCGGAGGCCAGAUGUGAUUCGGGUUGCGCCAGCGCCGUUGUAUAAUACGUUUGAGGACUGCAUUGGGUUCGUCGAGGCGUUUGCUGCGGCGUUGAAGGUGGCACGCGCGGAACGGGGCACUUGA